AACACAGCCGACAGGAACUAGGAGGGGCGGACGAGGACGCACAGACACCUCUGUUUACCGAUGCUGCUGCUGGUUCUAUAUGCGCUACAUGCGGGUGGCAGUGAUUGGAGCCGGGGUCAUCGGCCUCUCUAGCGCACUGUGUAUCCAUGACCGCUACCGAUCCAGCGUGACUCCGCUCAUUAUCGAGGUCUACGCUGACCAGUACACCCCGCUGACCACCAGUGACGGAGCGGCAGGACUGUGGCAGCCCUACCUGUAUGACAAGGGCAACGUCCAGGAAACUAAAUGGAACAAAGAAACGUUUGACUACCUCCUGACCUACAUCAACGCCCCCGAUUCAAUCAAAAUGGGAAUAUUCACCCAGUCCGGCUACAACCUCUUCACUGAACCCACGCCGGACCCCUCGUGGAGAGACUCUGUCCUCGGUUUCAGACACCUGACUCCACAGGAGCUGGACAUGUUCCCAGGUUACAGGUACUGGAACGGCAGGAUAAUCCAUGGCUUUCACUUCCACAGGCUUGGUUGGAAUCAAGUUUUUGUGGAGCCGACAGAGUCUGAGUUCCGAGGAACCGCCAGUUGGGCGACAAGUGGUGCAACUGGUUCAUCCCUGGGUCGAGGUGCGAUAUUUGACAUGAGCAGAGACUGCUGGCCCAUUAUGACAUCCAUGAAUUUAGACAUCUUGGACGUGAGCUCCGACACGCCCGACCUGUCCCUAUGGCGCCUGUCUCGAUGA